AAACCAAAGGGAAGAUAUGCUUCACCAUAUUUUCUAGUCUUUGGCUUAGAAUGAAGUUGGUUUGGAAACAUAUUUAGCUAUGCUUCAUCUCCUGAUUUGCGUUUGUGGAGGCGCCCCCGUGCUAGCAGUGCCCAAGGUUUGGUUUGGGUUUUUUUUCUCUUCCUUUUCAUAGCGCGCCCCCCGUGCAAUGGCUCUGCGCCCCCCUCCUAGGGGGCGGGCCCCACACUUUGGGAAGGUCUGCCUUAAGAUAUGAUGUAAUAUAUCCGCUCUGCCUGCUGCUGCUUGCUUUUACAGCUGGACUUUGAACCUAAUCACCUCAUCUAAGUAUUAUAAGUGCUGUAGGAGUCAAGCUGUGUUUUAUUAACCAGUAUAGUGUAACAGUUAGUGUAACAGUAGAUGAUGUUUAACACUUUUACAGCUGUACUUUGAACCGAAUUAUCCCAUCGAAGUAUUACAUGGGCUGUGAGAGUCAAGCCUUUGUGCUCCUUUUGUGUUUUAUUAACCAGUCUAGAAGUUGAGCUGAUUCACAGUGUUGCUGCGCUUCUUCAUUGUUUCGUGUGUGCUCUUCUCCGUGAAGGAUCAACCUGUGUAAGUUCACUAACGUAAAGCGGAGUUACUUUCGUCAUGCAGCUGGUGAUCCGUCGGUACCGUCCUGCAGACAAGGACACAGUGCUCACCCUCUUCAGUACUGGCACCUUGGAGCAUAUCCGUCCAUGUUUCUAUAACGCCAUGACCAGUCCCCUUUACCUCACCAUCACCCCGACUCUGUGUGUUGUUGGUUAUCUCCUUGGCUCUGUGUUUGGGGCUGUACUGUUCCCAGCAGCUUGGGUAGGUCUCAUCUACUGCUGCUGUCAUGAAGUAUAUGCAUACUACGUCAGGUAUAAACUUCGCACCGACAUGCAGGACAUCCCUGGGAACUUCCUCAGCAGACCUGAUGACUGUUUCUGGGUGGCUGAGGCCGAGGCUGGAGCGAGAGCCCAGGUUGUUGGUAUGGUGGCUGUGGUAGCUAAACACAGUGGGGCAGAAAAGUAUGGGGAAAUGUUCAGAAUGAUCAUUUCCCCACAGUAUAGACGGAUGGGCCUCGGCUUAAGGUUGACUCAGACUGCGGUUGGCUUCUGUAAAGAACGGGGCUUCUCCAAGGUGGUGUUGGAGACUAGCUCCACCCAAAUGGCAGCUGUGGCCCUGUACAGCAAAGUGGGGUUUAACUGUGUCCAGUCUCAUAUCAAAGCACAGGCAGCUCAUUGGAUCAUUUCACUGGCCAGGGUCACUAUUAUAAGGAUGGAAAAAUACUUGUAAACCAAAAAUAACACUCAUCAGCAAUGUGUUGUUUUCAUGCUUGGCUCCUCUUUAACAGUGGUUUAAUAUUUGGCAAUGGUUAAACCUGACUGUAGCCAACACCCUGUGGUUUAGGUGUGAAAAAAUGCCAAAUUUGAUGUACACUGUAGGACUCUAUGAACAGAUAUGAAUGUAAGGAACAAGAUGUUGUUACUAAAAACUUUCUGGUUUCCUCCUACUACACCAUGAUUCACUAACAGUUAAUCCUUACAAUGUGUACUUUUCAGUGAUGAUUUCACAUAAUCAGUUGUACUGACCACUUUUAACUGUUUUAAUUAAUAAAUUAUUUUUAUUUAAAAAAAUAAAGAAAGUGAAAAAAAUAAGUUUCAAGAUCUCCGUAUACGCCCACAGGCGUUAGUAGUUGUAACAAAUAGUGUUUGAAAAUUCAUAAUUCUUAUUAUGCGAGAGAUAACGUCUAAUGUAUAAUGUCUAAAUGUUUUUCUAUUAAUUACCAAUAUUUGGAGAAACAUUUUAAAAUACAGUACACACAACAUAUUGUAAGCACAUGAUACAAAGUAUGUAAAAAUCUUAAUAACAAGGAUUUUAAUUUGCUUAUGAAAUGAAGAUUUGAUUUUUAAAUUCAGUAUGUUGUACGCAAAUCUAUACUGUGGAUAUGGAUGUGAACAGCAGAGGGCGCUACUGACCUGAGUAACACUGAAGCUCCUUUGAUGAAAAUAAUUUAUUUCUGAUAUUAUACAGCAUUCACUUCCUUUUCUACAAGGAAGUAUUAGAUGUUUAAAAUAUAACUGCACCAUAAACAGUGCUGGAAAGUAAAUACAGUACAUUUGCUAAUAUGCCGUUUAAACUCAAGUUUUACAUCUAGAAUAUGUUGUGAUUGGCUAUGAUGCAGCAUGUGAAACAAUAACAAAUGAGCUAGUGCACGGCAGUUCAUGGGUAAUCAAAAUCGUUUGAAACUCACUGACUGCUGUAGAUGUUGUGCAUUAAAACUUCCAACAUUUUAAAAUAUGAUUUGAUUUGUCAUUGGUCACAAUAGAAAGGAAAAUAAUAAUAUCUCCUACGAAAGUCCAUUAAUAAUAACUUUGAUUUGUAUAGCGCCUUUCAAAAAAACCCAAGGAUGCUUAGCUAAAAAGCUAGAGGUUGAAGGUUUUGUUGAAGAGAUGAGGUUUGAGAAGUCCCAUGGAUGAGGACCGUAGCAUCCGAGACUGUGUGUAUGGUUCCAGGAGGUCAGAGACAUAUUGAGGUGCCAGGGCAUUGAGGGAUUUGUAAGUGAGAAGAAGAAUCUCGUAAGUAAUGUGUGACUUGACCGGAAACCAGUGGAGAUUAAUGAGGGUGUGGGUAAUAUGUUCCCAGAGCUUAGUGCCUGUUAGAAGCCUUCCAGACUGUUAAAAGCCUUCUGGACAUACUGGAGGCUAUCCAGGGCUUUAGUGGAAAUCCCAAACAGGACUGCAUUUCAGUAGUCCAGCUUGGUGGUGACAAAUGCAUGGAUGAGUCUCUGCUAUAGAGUCAGUGAGUGAUACCCGAAUUCAAGAGAUGUUCAUUAGGUGGAAAAAAGCUGCUUAGGUGACAGAUUUGACAUAAGCACGGAAUGAAAGAGUGGAGUCUAAAUUGACACCCAGAUUGCAAACCUCAGAAGGAGGUUAAAUAAGGAAGCCGUCUAUGUCAAUGCGUACAGUGGCUUGCAAAAAUAUUCGGCCCCC